AUGGCUGCUCAGGUCACUCCCUCCAAGCAGACUGCCUGCUCCCUCGAGAACCUCAAGAUGAGCGACUCCCCCGUCAAAAAGCUCAACUUUGCCGGCAAGGAGAACGCACCUGCUGCCGACAUCGACACGACUGUCACCAAGCCCGCCGAGAAGCCUGCCCAAGCUCCCAAGGCGGAGCCUACCAUUCAGGAGCUCGAGGCUACUGAGCCUCUCCUGCAAGAGAACCCUCACCGUUUCGUUCUCUUCCCCAUCAAGUACCAUGAGAUCUGGCAAAUGUACAAGAAGGCUGAAGCCUCUUUCUGGACCGCCGAAGAGAUCGAUCUGUCGAAGGACCUGCACGACUGGAACAACCGCCUGAACGAUGACGAGCGUUUCUUCAUCUCCCACGUCCUUGCGUUCUUCGCCGCCUCGGACGGUAUUGUCAACGAGAACUUGCUCGAGCGUUUCAGCGGUGAAGUUCAGGUCCCUGAAGCUCGUUGCUUCUACGGUUUCCAGAUCAUGAUUGAGAACAUCCACUCGGAGACCUACUCUCUCCUCAUCGACACCUACAUUAAGGAGCCCAAGCAGCGCACCUACCUCUUCGACGCUAUUGAUACCAUCCCUUGCAUUAGGCGCAAGGCCGAUUGGGCUAUCAGGUGGAUCCAGGACAAGGAGUCCACCUUCGCUUCGCGUCUCGUGGCCUUCGCCGCUGUUGAGGGUAUCUUCUUCUCUGGUUCUUUCGCCUCUAUCUUCUGGCUGAAGAAGCGUGGUCUGAUGCCCGGCCUGACCUUCUCCAACGAGCUGAUCUCUCGUGACGAGGGUCUCCACACUGACUUUGCUUGCUUGCUGUUCUCUCACUUGAACCACCGCCCCAGCAAGCAGGUGGUCCAGGACAUCAUCACCGAGGCCGUCGCAAUUGAGCAGGAGUUCCUGACAGACGCCCUCCCCGUCGCCCUGCUCGGUAUGAACUCCAAGCUCAUGGCCCAAUACAUCGAGUUCGUUGCCGACCGUCUCUUGGUCGCAUUGGGCAACCAGAAGUACUACCACGCCACCAACCCCUUCGACUUCAUGGAGAACAUCUCCCUGGCUGGCAAGACCAACUUCUUCGAGAAGCGUGUUGGUGACUACCAGAAGGCUGGUGUCAUGAGCAGCACGAAGAAGGAAGAGUCCCAGUCUGCCACCACUAACAACGCUGGUCUCAGCUUCGACGACGACUUCUAA